UCUUGGGUUAUAUUUAUAUUCAAAAAUAUAAAGAGAUUAGUUAGCAUAUGUUUGGUCCAGAGGAUGAUCCACAGUGAUGUUGUGUUCUGCAGCCGAGCACUGAAUGACUUUUCCCACCAGAAGAUCGUCCAGCAUGUAGCAGCAGAUUAUUAUAUAGGCAACUGUGUACUGUCUGUAAUUGGUAAAUCACAUUUUCUGCUGUAUUUAGAAAAAGGAACCAUCACUUUAUUUGAAUAAAUGAAUAAACAAAAUGCAGGUAUAUGGAGGAAACUCAGAUGUCCCAGUUUUACACUGGGACAUGAACACAGCAUAAGUUUGCGGAUCUCGGCGAAGCUGGCAGUGUGAAAUUUGUCUCAAAAUUAUACAUAUUAUACACAUUUGUAAAUCAUACCGUACGUGCACUUGCAACCGUUUUGAGGUUUCUCUCCAUAUAUAAAUAGCGACUGUAAAUGUCAGUUUAAAUCGUCUUACCUGUAAAACUUGCCGUCUUUACCGGAAGUCAAUGUACACACCUUAACGGGUGGGAGUGUUUAUUUUUUCCAGUGUAACUGAAAAGUUAAGUUUCAUUUUCCUGUUCUGGAAAAUCAUGUGUUAUUUAGUCGGCGACAGAGAUUACAAUUACAAAAUGGAGAGCAGUCUGUUCCCAGAACUUUUUUGGAAAAAAGACAAGGACAACGAAAAGGAAGAAGGAAGAACUAGCCAUAAGAAAAGAAAGAGAGUCACGGAUGAUAAAGAUGAAAAGAACCUCUGGCGUGUAAAAUGUGGAACCAAAAAGGGUUGGAUGGAUGUAGAGAAGUUGAGAAAAGGUAAGGAUUGUAUUGAGUUUGAAGGCUCCUUUUACAGUCCACCUGAGUUUGAGAAGCUUGCAGGAAAAGACUCAUGUAGAAAAUGGAAGUCAUCUAUUUACCACAAGAAAGCUCCUCUGCACUUUUGGUUCAAGAAAGGUUACCUAACCACUACAGGAUAUAGACAAAAGAAAAGAAAAAGACAAUCAUCAGACCUUGAGUCCCAGGAACUCUUCACAGAACGCAAGGAAGAUCAUGAUGAAGAUGAGGAUGGAGAAGAGGAUGAUGAGGAUAUGGAUGAAGAUUAUGUAUGGGACAAUGAGCAGGGCACUAAGAAAAAUGAAGAUAAAAAAGCUACACAGAUUUAUAUCUCUUCUGAAGAAGAAGAAAGCGAGGAAGAUCCUGUUGAAGAUGAAGAUGAGGAUGGAGAACAAGAAGAUGAGCAUAUGGAUGAAGAUGAUGUAGGUAACGAUGAGCGUAGCACUGAGGAUGAUGAGGAUGAAGAAAGUGAUAAUGGUGAGGAUGAGACUGUGCCUGCUGUUGCCUCUAACCAUACUGACAGCAGUGGUAUCAAAGAGAGAGUAACACCUACAAUUCCAACACCUGGAAAACAUGCAUUAGAGAUGAAAGAAGUAAAGGGUAUCGUUAACAUCCUUCCUGAGAAGACUAGACAUCAUUCUGACAUGCCAAGAUCUGAAGUCAGUGGAAAUAACAAAGAUGUGGCAAAAAACACAGCAAUCAAACAGCAAAAUGUUAAGAAACAACCUGAAGAGAAACUGAAAAAGACAACAACAAGCACAAUUUCAAUACCUGGGAAACCUGCACUAAAGAUGAAAGAAGCUAAUGGUAUCGUUAAAAGCCUUCCUGAGAAGGCUAGACAUCAUCCUGACACGACAAGACCUGAAGUCAUUGGAAAUAUCAGAGAUGUGGCAACAAACACAGCAAUCAAACAGCUGAAUGUUAAGAAAGAACCCAAAGAGGAACUGAAACACAAGGAAGAUCGUGUUAAAGAUCAAGAUGAAGAUGAAGAACAAGAAGAUGAGCAUAUGGAUGAAGAUGAUGUUGGUGAUGAUGAGCUUAGCACUGAGGAAGAUGAGGAUGAAGAAAGUGAUCAUGGUGAGGAUGAGACUGUGCCUGCUGUUGCCUCUAACCAUACUGGCAGCAGUGGUAUCAAAGAGAGAGUAACAAGUACAAUUCCAACACCUGGAAAACAUGCAUUAGAGAUGAAGGAAGUAAAGGGUAUCGUUAACAUCCUUCCUGAGAAGACCAGACAUCAUCCUGACAUGCCAAGAUCUGAAGUCAGUGGAAAUAACAGAGAUGUUGCAACAAACACAGCAAUCAAACAGCAAAAUGUUAAACAACCUGAAGAGAAACUGAAGAAGACAACAACCGACACAAUUUCAACACCCUUGAAACCUGCACUAAAGAUCAAAGAAGUAAAGGGUGUCGUUAAUAGCCUUCCUGAGAAGGCUAGACAUCAUCCUGACAUGACAAGAUCUGAAGUCAGUGGAAAUAACAGAGAUGUUGCAACAAACACAGCAAUCAAACAGCAAAAUGUUAAGAAACAACCUGAAGAGAAACUGAAUAAGACAAUAAGUAGCACAAUUUCAAUACCUGGGAAACCUGCACAAAAUAUCAAAGAAGUAAAGGGUGUCUUUAAUAGCCUUCCUGAGAAGGCUAGACAUCAUCCUGACACGACAAGAUCUGAAGUCACUGAAAAUCCCAGAGAUGUGGCAAAAAACACAGCAAUCAAACAGCUGAAUGUUAAGAAACAACCUGAAGAGGAACUGAAGAAGACAACAACCGACACAAUUUCAACACCUGUGAAACCUGCACUAAAGAUCAAAGAAGUAAAGGGUGUCAUUAAUAGCCUUCCUGAGGCUUUUUACAAUAUAAAGAACAAUGAGAAGGCUAGACAUCAUCCUGACACGACAAGAUCUGAAGUCAAUAGAAAUUCCAGAGAUGUGGCAAAAAACACAGCAAUCAAACAGCUGAAAGGUCCUUUCUGUGAACCUCUGGCUGUGUCAGAUGACCAUCAACAUAAAGAGGUCCCCUGCUCUGGCCACAGUGUAGCUGAAGUACAAUCCAUGAGGCCAGAGAUGAGUGUGAACAUGUCAGAGGCCCGGUUGCCUGGGCCCUCAGCCAGCUCUGGUUUGAAUACAAUGGAUCUUGAUCAACUGAAGAGGGAAAAAAUAAAAAUGGAAGUAAAGGUUUUAAAAUUAAAAGAAGAGUAUUACACUUUGAAAAUAAAAGAACUUAAAAAAUGAGGAUUAAUGCUUCUGUAAAGCUGACAUUGCAGACAAUAAAUUAAAAGAUCGCUGUUUACAUUCACAAGCUGACACACGUUAUCUGGAGGUUUCUUGAGUAGAAUGUUACUUUUGAGAAAAGCUGCAAAAUCAAGUGUGCUGCAUUUAUACACUGUACUUUUUCUUUGCUAUGCUCAGGUUUCCUUUAGUAUUGUUGAUUACCAUGUUUUACUUUGUUUGUUUUACAUGUUUUUAUAAUGAAACAGAUAGAUGGUAUUUUCUUCUGUAAAAUGUGAAUAAACGAUAUUGAUGCUUUU